AUGACGAACGUCUCUCACUCUCACACUACGACCGAGACCGAGCCGUACGUACCCUCGGAUGCUGAAGACAUGCUAGACGUUGCAAUCUCAGAGUUGGACCCGCGCCUCGCCCAGCAAGAGUUGGACCCUCGCCUCGCCUCGUCACAGACUACACCUAGGACAGCAGCCCGCUAUCGUCAGGUUCACCUUAGCUUCGCAAGUCCGCCACCAGAUUCGCGAAAGCGCGCACGAAGCGUACCGCCUCCACCCACUGCUGAGGAGCUGGAGGCGCAGGACAAGGCUAUUGCCGAAGAUGCAGAAGUACCCCCGAACACCGAGAUCCCAGCUGCUGAGAAGGGUAUGGCACGUCGCUUCAGCACGUCGUGGAAGCAGACGUACUCGUGGCUGAGCCUGAAGUACAACAAAGAAGAGCGGCUGUAUGGUAUGAAGUGUUCCGUGUGCUGUAAGUUCGCUCCUAACACCAAGUCUCCCUUUGGCGGUGCUGGCGUCGGUGCAAGGGAUUUUCAGAAGUCGGCGUGCCGCAACCAUGACCAGUCCAAGGUGCACCUCGCGGCCAUGGAAGCAGAACGACUCGCGGCCGGCACGGAGGUGAGGCAGCGCAGCCUCUUGAACAUGCUCAGCGGCGAUCCAGUCAUGGCGAGGGUCGUCAAAUGCAUGCAAGCAGCUCAGUGGAUUGCGCAGAACGAUGCACCGAUCGCUCUCUACCCCAUGCUGGUGCGGUUCAUGGCGGAGCAAGGAUGCCACGACAUGAUGAACAGCGAAUCCUACGGGCGUUAUUACUCGCGGUAA